AUGAAUGCAGCUGUUUUGAUCAUCUUCUUCCUCGUUGGUAUAAAUGAAAAGAAUUCUGUUGCAUUAGCUAAUAAAUAUCACCAGCAUAGGGAUGUUAUUUCUUUAAAAAUGAAUGAUGUCAGAUUUUCCAAUAAACUUUCGGAAAAUUUUAAUCGUGAAACUUCCACUCGCAACGAUAAAAGAGCCCCAUCUAGUAAAUCACUGUCUUUCCAAAAACCACUUGUUUCGAUUACCAGUUUGGAAACAGACGUGAAAAGCGAUAAGGACAAGGAUUGUUUUAAGAAGGAAGAAUAUGUCAACCCUCCAGUUUCGCUCCAUGAAGAGACUGUGUUUACCUUGAACUUCAGUCUCGAGGAUCAGAAUUGUUCUAAUUCAUCUGACUUGAGCAAUAAACUUUUACACGCACCCCAGUUCGGAAGUUCAACUCUCAUCAAAGGUCUCAUACUUUCAACCAUUGCAGUCUUCUCCUUUAUAGGAAAUGUGUCCACAUUGGUGUCAAUACUGAGAACCAGGCGCAUUGGAUCUUCCACUGUUUAUUUGCUUCUGGCGCAUUUGGCGAUCGCCGAUUUGUUGGUUACUCUCUUUUGCAUUCUGACUGAAGGUCUGUGGACUUUAACUGUAGAAUGGUAUGGCAGCAAUUUGAUGUGCAAAGUCGUAAAGUUCAUGCAAAUGUUUUCACUUUAUUUAUCAACAUUUGUUCUGGUGCUCAUCGGAUUUGAUAGGCUCUCAGCUGUCCGAUUCCCAAUGCACAGAGCCCAUGCAAAGCAACAUGUGAGAAGAGGCAUGGCUUGCAUCUGGCUGAUAAGCGCUAUUUUUAGCUUCCCACAGAUGUUUAUCUUCAGUGUGAUGAAAGGACCAUUCGUUGAAGAAUUCUACCAGUGUGUGACCUACGCAUUCUACACAGCACAAUGGCAAGAACAACUCUACACCACCCUCACCCUCAUUUUCAUGUUUCUUCUACCUCUACUCAUCCUGAUCACGACCUACACGGCCACCUUCGUCACAAUUGCUAGUAAGUGGAAUAUCUUCAGAAAUGAAUUAGGCACCUUGUCUGAAAGAAUCAUGCGACCUCCCUUCCAUGAUGCCAGACAUAAAAUUCUUCAGAAAGCUAAAGUCAAAUCUUUGAUGAUCACAGUUGUCAUCGUCCUCACAUUUGUCGUGUGCUGGACACCCUACUACAUCAUGAUGAUCAUAUUCAUGUUUCUUGACCCUGAUGAACAACUCAGCCAGGAUUUGCAAUCAGCCAUCUUCUUCUUCGGUAGCUCGACAGCAAUGCUUAAUCCUCUGAUCUACGGGGCUUUCCAUUUGAGAGCAAAGAAGAGCUCCCGUUCCAAAUCUACCUCUUACUAUAACAGCAAUUCCUCCCGAACGGACAACACAUUCAUGACUACUUUCCGACGCAGUCAUGCCAGAAAGAGCGCUGAUGAAUGCGUUGGUCUACAUGCUAACGGAAGCCUGGCCCUCCAUAAUACCAGAGAAAAGAAAAGUCUUGUGGCAGAUUUCAAAAGUUCGGAGCGAAAUUCAGAAAAGAGUCUCGUAUCAUCGUUUUAAAAACAUAACGAUUUCUGAUUGUAUUUCCUGGAAAAAUUUCUCUUAUGUCUAUUUCCUCUAUAAAAGAACUAGAUAUUCUGGUACAGUAUUAAAAAAAUUAUGUGUUUGAUGUGACUGCAUUUUGUAUAUAC